GUUAGGAUGUGAAUAGGAGACCUAAAGGGAGAUUUUUAACGGCCGCAAACUUCCACUUGAAGCUAUUAUAACUGCAUGGACUGUUCAAUUAUUCUUUCACCGCAGUGAUAUUCUAAUCCAUUUGUCGUGUGUCAAAUUAUAUCACUAAUAUUAAGUGUACAAUAUUUCAAUAAGGGAAUUAAAUAGUUACACACUUUGGUGAAACCCCCCCUUUGACAAAACGCUUCAGAAAUUGUAGUAGUGGUCGCGAACUGAUGACGAAUACACAGAUAACUUGACAUAUGUACCAAUUGCUGAAAAGCAAAUGCACAUGCUUUGCUUGUUUAGAGGCAGUUUUAUACAAUGAGAUUUUAGUCUAACGUAUAAGUAAUGCAAAGCAAAUGUUUUCAAUUGCUAACAUAAGAUCUCAUGUGCUCAACGUCUCUUAAAAGUCACUACUACUUAGGUUGUUUUGCGCAGGUGCAGAAGGGCGGUAACUAAAAGCUGUUGCUGUCUGUCAUGGGAUUAAUGUUUGCAGUACAAACAGUAGUCUAGCUAAAACAGUCCAAAUGAAACUGAGAAGCGUUUUAUUCCUUUCUGUGUUUGCAGUUUUGGUAGUAUCGGUGAUGUUUGUUUUCCACUGUUAUGAAAUAGAUGACAAGGUAAUAGGAGGAUUUGUCCUGAGUUAUUUUAGAUCUUUGGAGACACCGCUGUACAAAUUAGAUCCAGGAUGGCCAAGAUUUGCAGAGCAUUUUACUGGCCAGUCUUUUGGUGUGGCUGUUGACAGUUCAUCUGGUCUUGUAUACGUUGCUCAGAGAGGAGAUGAUGUGCCAAAAGUUCUAGUCUUCAGUGAAAAUGGAUUUUACCUUGGUGCUUGGAAUACAACAACACUGGAAAUGCCCCAUGGAAUCACUUUGGAUAAUAAUACAAUUCCACCAUCGUUAUGGAUAACAGAUGUUGGAAAUGGAAACUAUGGGCAUACAGUUAAAAAGUAUAGUUCUUCUGGAGAACUUGUCAGAGUACUUGGAACUGCAGGACGUGCUGGUUCAUCACUUAAUCCACUGCAGUUUGACCAGCCAGCAGAGGCGUUUGUGGAUGAUGCUGAAGAUAUUUACAUUGUAGAUGGAGACGGAGGAAUGAACAAUAGACUUCUGAAGAUAACCAGUGAUCUGGAAGUUCUCUGGACCCAUGGAGAGAAAGGAACACAACCUGCUCAGUUCAACAUUCCGCACAGUGUAACAGUUGAUUCAUAUAACAGGGUGUGGGUGGCUGACAGGAAAAAUAAACGAAUCCAAGCAUUUAACAGCGUCACAGGAGAAUGGCUGGGGUCCUGGAGCAAUUGUUUUAAAGAUGAUGCUCCAUAUUCUGUCAGGUUAACUGCUGACAAGAAAUAUAUGAUUGUGGCUCAGUUAAACAUUAGUCAGAUACUAAUACUGACUGUCCCUCCAGUGGGUGUCAUAGGGGAUUGCCAUAUAGCAAGCACAAUUCGGUUGGCAGAAGAAGUCAAGCCACACCUUGUUGACGUCAGCCUUAAGACCGAUGCCAUUUAUGUGGCUGAAAUUGGAGCACAGCAAGUACAGAAAUUUGUGUCUUAUUCAUGAAACAAAGUUUGCAAGAAUAACUGUGUCUGAGCACAACACAUUCUGGUACGCCAGCACUGAUGGAAGUCGACAAGAUGCAUUUUUGGAGUAACCUGAAGACUGAUUUGAGAAGACAAGCUGAAGUUAUGAUGUGGUUUACUACACGGAAUUUUAACAGAUUAUUUUAUUCUUAUGAAUAUACGUAAUUGCUGAUAUGAUUAAUGUAAACACAAAUUAUGAAGAGUAUAUCAAAUUUGCUUAAAUAAGGUUGACAUAUAGUGAAAGAAUUUAAGUAAAUAUCUUCCUAGGAAAAUAGUGAUGCUAACUGUUGUCAGACAAAAACAGUUUGACUGUAGGAUUUUAAGUUUGCUGAUGGUCUUGCUGGGAGCUCCUAGAGCAUUAUUUUAGCUUUAAAGGUGAUGACACUGAUGGCUUUUUAUGUUAAAAACUGCUGCUAGAAAUGCUCAAGUACUUAGGAGCUGUCAGGGUCUGACCCCGAGACUUGUAAAUUUUAUGUGCGUGUUGGGAUGUCAGAGCAUAACUGAAAUCUCAGACUCACUCAGCUAGGAACCCCUUUUUCUGUAUUUUUUCACUUAUUUUCUGAUAUUAGGGAAGUUACUCUGUAUCGUGAUUACUGGCAACUGUUAGUAAUAUGAAAAUGUAAAAAUCAAGUUUAUCUGAAAAGGAAGUACCUGUUUGUUUUUACAUGGGCCAUUUUUAUACAUUUAAUUCAAGUAAUCCAUAAAUUCUGAUUUUGUGACCCCACAGGUUUAAGAAAACAUAGGGGGAGUAAGGUACUUUAAAGCCAUGUUAGCCCCCCCUCCCAUUUUGCCCCUCAGGUUAGUUUGACAUUUCUUAAACAGGUAAUGCUUCAUGUUUAUAAAAUAUAAAGUAAUUUACAUCCUUCAGAUGAACCGUUAAACCGUGGUCCCAUCUUCUUGAGUUAGUGGUAGUUCAGGUAAAUGUAGAAGAUUCCAUGGCACCUAUCAAAAACAGUGAGGAAAGUUCCUCAAUGCCCUGGCCAAAUAAGAGGCCACUAGUCUAGUUGGACUAACCCACUCAACAAAAUGAUAUGCAAUAGAACAAAAAAACUACAGCUGCCAUCAUGGUUUACAGUUAAUAUGAAUGAUCAAACUGUGCCCUCCCACAGCCAGUCCCAGAAUAGUAUUUUUACUGGUUGUUUACAAAGCACACAAAGACACCUCUUUACCAAAUGCAUGUGUGUCUUGCUCUGUUCCAUUCUUAGCAAAGAACUAUGUAAGAUGUUUAUGAAGUAUUAGAGGAUCAAAGUGGUGUGUUGUUUUUGCUUUACUAUUAAGUUGGUAAGACUUGUUUAAAAAAAGCAUUAUAUUGUGUAACAUGCCAGAUCAUCACAUUGGGCAGUCAGGAACUGCAACAAUUCAAUAUUCUGUGUAAGAUAAUUUAUAACAUAGCUAUGCUGUUGGCAGUACAUUAUCAUAACUUGAUUAUAAUUUCUUGUUUUUGGAAAAAAACAGCAAACGAACUGCAGUCUUUGGCCUGGUCAUUAUAAGAAGUGCUUAAAAGCUUUUAUGCAACUCUGCUCAUUCUCUGCAUUUUAAGUGUAAACCAUACAAACAUCAAGCAUUUCAUUUGAAUCGAUAUUCUAGAUUCUGUUUCUGUUGUAUACGUAAGGACCUGGUCCUUCUUGGAUGAUUUUUCUGUCGUCACCCCCCCCCCCCCUUAACCAUAGGGUCUUGGUUUCUACUGCUGUUUAUUUCUAUUAAUACAAUUUUGAACCACUUAAGUGAAUCUUUCACUUUGAUGCAGUGGGCAUUAGUUCAUGAAGUUUGUUUUGAGGGUACAGGUUUUUGUAAUACAGUUUUUCUUAAUUAGGAUCUGCCAUUUAAAGCUGGAUAUAGAGGUGUCCAUGUCUAUAGGGCUGAAGGGGAGCAUUUCUGUCCAGUUUGUUUUGAAAAUAUGUUUGUUUUAAACUUUUGAUGUGUUUAAUGUCAUAUUUUAUACUGUGCACUUUCCAUGAUUGUCAUUUGUAAGUUGUCUGGGUUUAAUUCUAACAUUUUUUUGUCUUGAAGAUAUUGAUGUUGCUGGAAUAUGUAUGAUUAGCAUGUAAUCCAUAAUACAGGUAUCAUCUUGCUCUUUCUGUAGUCACACUGCAGUGCUAAUGAUUCCAAGACAAGGCUGGAAAUGGCCAUCUGGGCCUACUUACCUGCUUAGGAAGUUAAUAAUAAAGUAAAACAUUAAAUGCUG